AUGCCUUCUCGGUUCCGAAGCGUUAUACCCUCUGAGCAUUUCCCUGCGGAAACGGACCGGUACGUCUUAUAUGUCAACGCAGUCUGUCCAUGGGCGCAUCGCGCAGUCAUCGUCCGCAGCUUGAAGGGACUGGAGGACGUUGUCGAAAUGGUCGAGGUGGAUGCCAGGGAUCCCGUGCAUGGGUGGUACUUCUCCGGACGGCGCGGCCCGUCGUGUGAUCCCAGAUAUGGCAUUCGAUGGCUGAAAGAGCUAUACCUGAGGGCUGAUCCCGGUUACGCCGGACGUAUCACGAUACCAGUGCUAUGGGACAGGCAGCGAGAAACAAUCGUCAACAACGAAAGCGGAGACAUCGUCCGCAUACUGACCAGAUCGUUCGACCAUCUCCUGCCCCCCGCUCGCCGCGAAGCCAACAAAGGACCUGCGGCUCUCGUCCCAGCCGCUCUGGCGCCGCAAAUCGACGAGCUAAACUCCUGGGUCCACGACACGGUGAACAACGGCGUGUACAAGAUCGGCUUCGCCACCUCGCAAGCCGCGUACAACGAGCACAUUGCUAAGCUCUUUCAAUCCCUGGACCGCCUGGAAGCCCAUCUGUCGCAACCGCAGCACAGUCCGUAUCUGUUUGGCCCACACGUAACCGAAGCGGACGUGCGGUUGUACACGACGCUCAUCCGCUUCGACGUCGCGUACUAUCCGCUUUUCAAAUGCAAUAUCAAGAUGAUACGGAUGGACUACCCCCGACUGCAUGCGUGGCUGAGACGGCUGUAUUGGGACGAAGGGCCGGAGACCGCGGGCGGAGCGUUUAGGAAGAGCACUCAAUUUGAAGUGAUUAAGCGGGGAUAUGCGUCGGUGACAGUGGGGAACGGCGUUGUGCCCGCUGGACCGCUACCGCAUGUUCUGCCUCUGUAA